GUUUUCUUCCUCUUGGCUGCUGUUUGUGCCGGCAUCUUCACUCGCGGAAAGUUUACGAUUUUUUUUUUGCAGCAGAAAACAACGUGUCUAGCUAGUUGGAAACGAUGGGCAAACCGAAGCAUAUGACGAACAAACAGAACCCGUUUGCUAAAAAGAAGCGCAACAACAAGGAGAAGGGCGCUGAACCACCGGCGCGUAGAGACAAGCCGUACGAGAGCAUUGUGCUUGAGAAUGAAUCGUUCGAGACGUACUACAAACACCAGCAGAUCUGCGGCAGCGAUGCAGAGUGGGACCAAUUUUUGGCACACAUGAGAAGGAACUUGCCGGUAACAUUCCGCAUCACCGGCUCGAAGGCGCAAGCAUCGCUGCUGCUGAAGCUGAUCAAGCAAGACUUCUUCGAAGAGUACAUCCGUGCGGUGAAGGAGCUGCGCAACGAAGACGCGGACGCACUGGUGGAACCACCCCAAUGUCUCGCAUGGUACCCGCGGGAAAUGGCCUGGCAGUUGGAGCUGUCCCGGAAGGACAUUCGUCGCUCGGAGCCACUGUUUAAGCUGCACAAUUUUCUCAUCUCGGAAACCAGCUCCGGGUACAUCAGUCGGCAGGAGGCAGUGUCGAUGAUUCCUCCGCUGGUGCUCGGCGUGGAGUCGCACCACAAGGUGCUGGACAUGUGUGCCGCACCUGGCUCCAAAACGGCGCAGCUAAUCGAAUCGCUGCACGCGAACGAUGGUGGUACCACCCCGUCCGGGUUCGUGAUGGCGAACGAUGUGGACAACAACCGGUGUUACAUGCUGGUGCACCAAACGAAGCGCCUGAACUCACCGUGCUUUCUGGUGACGAACGGGGACAGCUCCACGUUUCCUGCGAUGCAAUACACGAAGGACGGCACGGUGAGUCCGCUAAAGUUCGACCGGGUGCUCUGCGACGUUCCCUGCUCGGGUGACGGGACACUGAGGAAAAAUGCCGACAUCUGGAACAAGUGGAACCUGGCGCAGGCAUCCAAUCUGCAUGGGCUGCAGUACCGCAUACUGAAGCGUGGCGCAGAACUGCUCGAGGUAGGUGGACGGGUCGUUUACUCAACCUGCUCGUUGAAUCCGAUCGAAAACGAAGCCGUACUGCACCAUCUGCUGCAGGAGGCCGACGGUGCGCUGGAGAUUGUCGAGUGUAGCGAUAAGCUACCGACGCUCAAGUAUUCUAACGGCAUGACCUACUGGGAACCGGCCUCGAAGGAUCUUACGUUCUACAAAACGUUCGACGAUGUGCCCGAAUCUCAGCGAACCGUCAUUAGGCCCGGCAUGUUCCCACCGUCGAAGGAGGAAGCGGUCGACAAGUACCAUCUCGACCGGUGUUUGCGCAUUUUGCCACAUCAGCAGAACACGGGCGGGUUCUUUGUGGCGCUGUUGCAGAAAACGAAACCACUGCCGUGGGAAGCGGUGGUGGCCGAUGGACAGGAGACGCCCGACAGCACCCCGAUCGUUGAGCCUCCGCCGAAGAAAGCGAAGUACAUGCGGGGCUUUAAAGAAGAUCCUUUUGUGUUUUUCGAAGAGAAGGAGGAGGUGUUUGAUUCGCUCAACCAGUUCUUCCAGCUGCGUGAAGACUUUGAGCCACGAAACCUGCUGACCCGGUGUAAGGUGGGAAAGAAGAAGAACGUGUACUUCUGCACGAGUGUGGUGCGCGAUAUUGUGAAGCUGAACGAGAAGCGCAUCAAGAUCAUCAAUCUGGGCGUAAAAUCCUUCGUCCGGUGCGCUACGCGUAACAUCGAGUGUGACUUCCGUCUCGCUAGUGAGGGUUUGGCGAGCGUAAACCCGUACAUAGGCAGCCAGCGCCGUGUGAUGGUGCAGAGGAAGGAUCUGAUAGAGCUGCUGUCCUGUACCGAUCCCACAAAGCCGCCCGAAAUUUCUUCGCUGUGCGCUGAAACGCAACAGAACCUGAAGAAUGUUGCUUCCGGUAGCUGCGUGCUAGAAUGCAUGGUGGAUGACGUAAAGCUCGCCACAGUAGGAUGGAAGGGCGCCAUGAGCUUGAGGGCGUACGUCGAUCAGUACGAUACGAUGCACAUGCUGCGGCUGCUCGGUGGAGAUCUUUCGAAAUUCGAAAAAAAUAAAUUCCAGGACAAGCGUGCAGCAGAAGAAGUAGCAGAGGAGGACGAGUUGGACGAGAAUGAUCCUGCUGCCGAUGCCGAGGCGACCACGGUACAAGAAUCGAACGACAAUUAACUUUCCAACGAGCGAGCAAUUGUACUAGGGUGCACAGAAAACAUUUAAACGUUGUUGAUAAUAAAAAGAACAUUUUUUAAAACAAUUACUAA